AGCUGGAUCCCGCAUUCCUCCUUAUCCCACCACCACCACCACCACCAUCACCCCACCACCACACCGACACCAACACUCGGAAAUUUCUGCACCUCGCUACCUCGCGGCUCAUUCUUCCUCCACCAUUUUUAGCAACUUUCGCUCUCACUUCUACCUUUUGUUCAUUCCAUUCUCUCCCCACCACAAUGUCUUCAACUCGCAAAUCUACCAGGGACCAGCCAUCGGCCACCUCCAGAUACUCCUCUGGAGGUGAAAAAAAUCCCAAACGCCUGAAAAUCACCAAGCCUACCUUUAUGGAAGUCGGGCCCAAGUUUGGUGGGGGAAGGGGUAAACGUCAAACUUACAUGAUACCUGGCGACGAGGAUGUGGAAGACGACUCCCCGCCCGCCGGAAUUCGUGCGAACUCUCAGUUUUCCAGCGCUUACGCCCUUAGAUCACCACCUCGUUCACCACUUCAAGUUACGACUAUCAACUCUGGUUUCGCGAUAAGUACGGAAUCCCCUCAAUCUGAUGAUCCAUUGUCGAAUUUAAAUGCGCCAACUGUUGCCGAAACACCAUCUGCGAGACGCACCCUAACCAGAAAAUCGGCCCCAGUCCCCUCCACAAAUACUGAUGAGAACGGUUCUGUAGGUGUGCACUUCUCUAUUCCCGAAGGCUCCGCCGAUAAGCAUAAGAAGAGACGCCUUGACUAUACUCAAACCGCAGAGUCAUUGGAUUACCAUGAUAGUGCCGAGGGCAUGCUGGCUGAGAGGCUCUCUAGGAGCAGAUCGAGAUCUCUUGGAAGGGAUCUUGAACCCCCUAAUAAUCAUAUUGACGCAGAAAUAACCUCUAUCUCUCCCCCAGGGAGCGCCCGAUCGUCACCACUGUCUUCACUGUCGUCUUUGCCGUCCUCGAAUAGGUCUUCCCCUAUUUUGAUCAAUAGCGAUUCUCCCCAGAAAGCCGAUCCCCCAAAGGAUAGCGGAUCCAACAGGUCGUCGCCGAUUAACCUUGACUCCACUGACCGCAAUGACGGCUCCGGCAAGCCAGCCGGAGAGAAGGCUAAAGCGCCCCCAGUUCCCACCUGGAAGACCGGAGAAGAAAAGAGAGGAGGAAAGCGUCCGGUGACUUUCAAGAAGGCAGCUUAUGGUGUGAGCGGAAAGGGAGGACGCAGCACUGUCCCAUAUUCCAAAGAGCUUGUGGUGUCUCAUCGUACGCUUUUCCCCGAAGCCCCGGAGGAAUCAUUCUAAUUGAGAUGCAGCCCCGUUCGAAUUGGAGCCAAGGCUUUCGCAGAGGGAGGGUAAUACAGAUAUUCCCUCCCUUCUCUGUUAUAACAACCACUAACGAGGCACCACAGCUCCUAGACGUGCGCUGCCCCGCGCCAAAAAACUCCAAGAGGAGGCAGAAAGGGUGUCCAAGUUAACACCCGCUACGCGUGCGAGAAAAUAUAAGGACGGGACCUCAAAGAGAUCUGGCCGCCUACUUCCUGCAGCGCACGAGCGCGAUGCCGACCUAUCUUUAAGGAAAGACGAAGAGGUUGCAGGGUCCCAAGUCGAAGAACUGUCUGUAGUGGAGUCGUCAUUCAUCAAUCCUCGCGAGAAGUUUGGUAAGAAAUCGUGUUUCCCAUCCGCUUUGAGGCUUGCUAAUUGUCUAUGGCACAGGUUCCGGUGUUAUAAGGGAAGUCGGUCUUAAGAGACUUUCGGAUGACGAUCUUGAUAGAGAAGAUGAUCUUCCAAGCGAGUCACCCAGAUCGGCACCCAAGAGACGCAGGAUCAAGCAAUCGCUUUCGCCAAGUAUUGUGGAGAUUGAAUGCCAGGCAUGCAAUGAACCCCUGCCUCCCAAUUUCCUCGAGACCUGGAAAAACGGGGGAUUCAGGAAGGGCCAUAUACCGUUGCUCGAGUGGAUGGACAUCUGCACUGAACACAAGGCGAUGUCUCUGAGAGAGGAAUGGAUGGAGAAGGGCUACCCUAAAAUUGAUUGGAAAGGAUUGAAAAAGAGGAUUGAAAGCCACUACAAACCUAUCCAAGCCAUUAUACACGGAGAAGCCGAAUCCCCAUUCAUGACCAUCUUCCAGCAGCAGGAAAAGGAUGUCAGAGGCAAUCCCAUUCUCCUCCUCCGAAAGGACCAUCGCUUGCAAUAUCCCGGGUACUACGGCCCUCGCGGGGCUAACAUCAUGUAAGUCUUGUCAGACCAUUCUUUGGUAUGAAUCUUGACUAACAAAUGUGAAUAGGCUGCACUGGUUGCUUCGCCGUUUUGGCAAUGAAAUUACCGCGCGCGAUAACGUGACACUUAACUUAGCUCAUAGUAGCGCUGCCGCAUUCGUUCAAGCCGUUCUCGUCCCUGAGAUGGCCGUCCGCCUUAUUAUGGAGGACAUGGAGGUCACCGAAAAAAGGGCCCGAGAGGUUCUCGAGGAAAGUCGCAGCAUCGGCGAAAUCUUGAACCUCAAGGAUUACCAAGAAGAUAUCUACGGCACCGGUGGAAAUUGGGUUGACGUGAACAAUUUCGAAAAUUAAAUUGCCUUUGGGGAAUGGCAAUGAGUAGCUCUUGUCCCCGUCCCCAAAGCGGCAUAAUCGACCUUAUUUCCUCUCGGUUUCACAUCCCCAGUCUCAGGUUUUCAUAGGUUUAGCGAGCUUAUCCGCCCGCUCUAUUUGUUUUCUUGGCUUUCUCUGUCUAGCGGCGGCGGCGGGCUCAUUUACCACUAAUUGUUGUAUAACAUGUCUUUCUUAUGUUUGGGCGGUAACCAUGUUUCCUCUUAUUAACCUACCGGUAUUAUCAUUAGAAGCCUCCAAAUGUGUUAUAGCCCCCUCCAUGUAUCUUGCACUUUUUUAGUCCGUGUACCUCUUGUUCGCGGCUGCAGUGCCAGUCCUAUUACUCUCUCAAAAAAAAAAUAGAAGCAAGUUGAAACAAAAAUCGAGCAUUUGACGUCAUUAAAUAUUCUAGAGCCGCGACCUUAUCGAUAAGCUUAUUUCCACGUGGGUUAUGCGUGCCAAGAUAUGCCAAACUUUAUCCCGACUUCUGGAUGUGUAUAUUAUCAUCUGAUACGGUAGCUGUGCUCGUGGGUCGCUAUU